UAUAAUCUCACCAUGUCCAAAUUACUAUUGCGCUAUCCAUGGGUAUCCGCCCCGUUGAUCGUGGGCGCCCCCAUGCGUGUGUUCUCCGGGCCAGCCCUAGCAGUCUCCAUCUCCCGCGCCGGCGGACUCGGAUUCAUAGGACCAGCCGCGAAGACGGAGGAUACGAUUACGGACCUUGAGCAAGCAUUGUCUUUGGUCAGAGACGUUCGCUCCUCCAGCUCGCUAGACGCAUUUAGCAGGAUCCAGGAAAGUUCAAGUGCAACUUCAACUUCCGUACUUCCCAUUGGAGUAGGCUUCCAGCUCUGGAAAGAUGACCUCAACGUCGUCGUUACAGCGAUGGAGAAAUACCGACCUUGUGCGGCAUGGUUAUUCGCGCCACGCCAGGUCAAAGAAUUCGACGACUGGUCUUCUCGGAUUCGAAAUGCAUCCCCGCAAACACAGAUAUGGAUUCAGAUCGGGUCUGUCGGUGAAGCGCGAUCCCUCCUGUCGAAUUCCGAGAAACCAGAUGUCCUCGUCAUCCAGGGCUCGGAGGCAGGCGGACACGGCCGGGAGAAGGACGGAAUCGGUCUCAUCACUCUAUUUCCCGAAGUUGCGGAUAUCCUCGCGAGUGGUAAUCGAAACAUUCCACUUGUCGCAGCCGGCGGAAUCGUAGACGGACGAGGCGUUACCGCGGCCCUAUCCCUCGGCGCAUCCGGAGCGGCGAUGGGGACGCGCUUCCUCGCCUCCACAGAGGCGCGGAUUCAAAAGGGGUAUCAGGAUGAGAUUGUGCGUGCAUCUGACGGCGCUGUGUCGACGGUGCGGACGCUGCUCUAUAAUCACCUUCGCGGCAUAUAUGGCUGGCCGGAGGGAUAUAGUCCUCGGACUAUUGUGAACCAGUCGUACACCGAAUAUCUGGCGGGACGGCCGUUUGAGGAGUUGAAGCGGUUGCAUGAUGAGGAGAAUGCCCGGUCAGGAGGUGGUGGUGGAUGGGGCCCUGAGGGGAGACUUGGGACUUAUGCGGGCGCGUCUGUUGGAUUGAUCCGUGAGGUGAAACCUGCUGUGGAUAUUGUCCAUGAGGUGAGGGAAGAUGUGUUGCGGAGGAUUCGUGCUUUGCAGAGUCAGACUUCCGAGUAAAUAUAACGGGUUAGUAGCGGAAUUGUACUUAGUAUGGGAUGAUGCUGAGCACUAUUGCCUUCGCUGAAAAAGAAUCAUUCAACACGAGAAAUGUAGAAUGCAUUGAAUUCAUUACCG